CUUCCAGAAGAUCAAGGGGACCAUUCUAAGGUGCCCCGGGAAUAGGCGGCUCUCCCCCGGGCCCGGCGUCCUGGGGCACUGGUACCCAGCUGGCCCGGCUGCAGGUAGACGUGAAGGGCAGUGGUGAAGGCUCGCAUGUGGCGGCUACGGGGCGAAUCUGGCUUUGGGGGACGAGGAAGAAAAGUCGGAUUACAAGAUCACCACUACCAACAAUAAAAAUCACCAGGAUUUUUUUUUUUUUGCAAAUUUUUGACGGCUUUAAAUUCAUGAAGCAAUUGUCCCUUUUUGCAAUCAGCAUUUGGAUCUCAGAAUGAGCAAGGAAAGACCCAAGAGGAAUAUCAUUCAGAAGAAAUACGAUGACAGUGAUGGGAUUCCAUGGUCAGAAGAAAGGGUGGUACGGAAAGUCCUUUAUUUGUCUCUGAAGGAGUUCAAGAAUGCCCAAAAGAGGCAGCAUGAGGAAGGCAUUGCUGGGAGCCUGAAAACAGUGAAUGGGCUCCUUGGUAAUGAGCAGUCUAAGGGAUUAGGACCAGCGUCAGAGCAGUCAGAGAAUGAGAAGGAUGAUGCAUCCCAAGUGUCCUCCACUAGCAACGAUGUUAGCUCUUCAGAUUUUGAAGAAGGGCCGUCGAGGAAAAGGUCAGUACCAAGGCUGAAAUACCGGACCAUUAUUAAACAGGGACUGCAAACCCUGGGGCCGAGGAAAAGGCCCAGGCUGCAAGCACAAAGGAAGUUUGCUCAAUCUCAGCCGAAUAGUCCCAGCACAACUCCAGUGAAGAUAGUGGAGCCUUUACUACCCCCGCCAGCUACUCAGAUUUCUGACCUCUCUAAAAGGAAGCCUAAGACAGAAGACUUUCUUACCUUUCUCUGCCUUCGAGGUUCUCCUGCGCUCCCCAACAGUAUGGUAUAUUUUGGAAGCUCUCAGGAUGAGGAGGACGUCGAGGAGGAAGAUGAUGAGACAGAAGACAUCAAAACAGCCACCAACAAUGCUUCAUCUUCAUGCCAGUCAACCCCCAGGAAAGGAAAAACCCACAAACACGUUCACAAUGGGCAUGUAUUCAACGGUUCCAGCAGGUCGACACGGGAGAAAGAACCUGUUCAAAAACACAAAAGCAAAGAGGCCACUCCCGGGAAGGAGAGGCACAGUGAGCCCAGGGCCGACAGCCGAAGGGAGCAGGCUGCAGCGGCCCCCCUCGCGGCCGUCGCCUCCACGGGCUCCUCAGCACGGGCGCCCGCUGCCAACCACCACCACCCCGCUCCACACCGGUCGGCUCAGGACUUACGGAAACAGGUUUCUAAGGUAAAUGGAGUCACUCGAAUGUCGUCUCUGGGUGUAGGUACAACCAGUGCCAAAAAGAUCCGCGAAGUCAGACCUUCACCAUCCAAAACUGUGAAGUACACUGCCACAGUGACCAAGGGGACUGUCACAUACACCAAAGCCAAGAGAGAACUGGUCAAGGAAACCAAACCCAAUCACCACAAGCCCAGUUCAGCUGUCAACCACACAAUCUCAGGGAAAAUGGAAAGUAGCAAUGCAAAAACCCGCAAACAGGUGCUAUCCCUUGGGGGGGCGUCCAAGUCCACCGGGCCUGCUGUCAAUGGCCUGAAGGUCAGCAGCAGGUUGAACCCAAAGUCAUGCACUAAGGAGGUGGGGGGGCGGCAGCUGAGGGAGGGGCUGCGGAAUUCCAAGAGGAGACUGGAAGACGCGCAGCAGGUGGACAAGCCGCAGUCACCCCCCAAGAAGAUGAAGGGGGCUGCCUGCGCAGCCGAGGCUCCUGGCAGGAAGGGCCCGGCCGCCUCAGCGGAGAAGCCUCUGCUGAACGGACACGUGAAGAAGGAAGUGCCCGAGCGCAGCCUGGACAGGAACCGGCCCAAGCGGGCGGCGGCGGGCAAGAGCGCGCUGGGCAAACAAGCACACGGCAAGACGGAGGGCGCCCCCUGUGAAAAUCGUUCUACCUCGCAACCCGAGUCCUCGCACAAGCCGCCUGACCCACAGGGCAAGCCGGAGAAGGGGGCUGGCAAGUCCGGGUGGGCGGCGAUGGACGAGAUCCCAGUCCUCAGGCCCUCCGCCAAGGAGUUCCACGACCCGCUCAUCUACAUCGAGUCGGUGCGCGCUCAGGUGGAGAAGUUCGGGAUGUGCCGCGUGAUCCCCCCUCCGGACUGGCGGCCCGAGUGCAAGCUCAACGACGAGAUGCGCUUCGUCACUCAGAUCCAGCACAUCCACAAGCUGGGCCGGCGCUGGGGCCCCAAUGUGCAGCGGCUGGCCUGCAUUAAGAAGCACCUCAGAUCUCAGGGCAUCACCAUGGACGAGCUUCCUCUCAUAGGAGGCUGUGAGCUCGACUUGGCCUGCUUUUUCCGGCUAAUUAAUGAGAUGGGCGGCAUGCAGCAAGUGACUGACCUCAAAAAAUGGAACAAACUAGCAGACAUGCUGCGCAUCCCCAAAACUGCCCAGGACCGGCUGGCCAAGUUGCAGGAGGCGUACUGCCAGUAUCUGCUCUCCUAUGACUCCCUGUCCCCCGAGGAGCACCGGCGCCUGGAGAAGGAGGUGCUCAUGGAGAAGGAGAGCCUGGAGAAGCGCAAGGGGCCAUUGGAGGGCCACACGGAAAAUGACCAUCACAAGUUCCACCCCCUGCCCCGCUUUGAGCCCAAAAACGGGCUCAUCCAUGGUGUCACCCCCAGGAAUGGCUUCCGCAGCAAGCUCAAGGAGGUGGGCCAGGCUCCACUCAAGACUGGCCGACGGCGAUUGUUCGCUCAGGAAAAGGAAGUGGUCAAAGAGGAGGAGGAGGACAGAGGCGUCCUCAGUGACUUCCACAAGUGCAUCUAUAAGGGAAGGUCUGUUUCUCUGACAACUUUUUAUCGAACAGCCAGAAAUAUCAUGAACAUGUGCUUCAGCAAGGAGCCCGCACCAGCUGAGAUCGAGCAAGAGUACUGGAGGCUGGUGGAAGAGAAGGACUGCCAUGUGGCGGUGCACUGCGGCAAGGUGGACACCAAUACCCACGGCAGCGGGUUCCCCGUGGGAAAAUCAGAACCGUUUUCAAGGCAUGGAUGGAACCUCACCGUCCUUCCCAAUAACACAGGGUCCAUCCUGCGUCACCUCGGUGCUGUGCCUGGAGUGACUAUUCCUUGGCUAAAUAUUGGCAUGGUCUUUUCUACCUCAUGCUGGUCUCGAGACCAAAAUCACCUUCCAUAUAUUGACUACUUACACACUGGUGCUGACUGCAUUUGGUAUUGCAUUCCUGCUGAGGAGGAGAACAAGCUGGAGGACGUGGUGCACACCCUGCUGCAGGCCAAUGGUACCCCAGGACUGCAGAUGUUGGAGAGCAACGUCAUGAUCUCCCCAGAGGUGCUGUGCAAAGAGGGGAUCAAGGUCCACCGGACCGUGCAGCAGAGCGGGCAGUUCGUUGUCUGCUUCCCGGGCUCCUUCGUGUCCAAAGUGUGCUGUGGGUACAGUGUCUCAGAGACCGUGCACUUCGCUACCACCCAGUGGACAAGUAUGGGCUUCGAGACCGCUAAGGAGAUGAAGCGCCGCCACAUAGCCAAGCCAUUCUCCAUGGAGAAGCUGCUCUACCAGAUCGCACAAGCCGAAGCGAAAAAGGAAAACGGUCCCACCCUCAGUACCAUCUCGGCCCUUCUGGACGAGCUCAGGGAUACGGAGUUGCGACAGCGCAGACAGCUGUUCGAGGCCGGCCUCCAUUCCUCUGCGCGCUACGGCAGCCAUGACAGCGACAGCACAGUGGCCGGCGGGAAGAAGAAGCCUCGGAAGUGGCCGCAGCUGGAGACCUCAGAGAGGCGGUGUCAGGUCUGCCAGCACUUGUGCUACCUGUCCAUGGUGGUACAGGAGAACGAGAACGUGGUGUUCUGCCUGGAGUGCGCCCUGCGCCACGUGGAGAAGCAGAAGUCCUGCCGCGGCCUGAAGCUGAUGUACCGCUACGACGAGGAGCAGAUCAUCAGUUUGGUCAACCAGAUUUGCGGCAAAGUGUCCGGCAAAAACGGCAGCAUUGAGAACUGUCUUAGUAAACCCACACCAAAAAGAGGGCCCCGCAAGAGAGCGACUGUGGACGUGCCGCCAUCUCGGCUGUCAUCCUCCGGGUCAUCCAAAAGUGCUUCGAGCUCAUCAUGAAGAUGCCAACACCAUGGUGGAUUUCUAUAUAUUUUUUGUAAUUAUUAUAUUCUAGUUUGGAGUACUUGCUGUAGGAUACAGGCUGUCUUUGCACUAGCUCUAAAGAAGACUUUCUUCUGGUUUUAGAGAACUAAUUUUGUUUUAGCAUUAAACUGUUGAGGAUUUUUGUACUUAGAAUUCCUAGAUACCGCAGUCAGAGUUUGGAAACUGCCGUAUACUCACUGCUUUACAACCCUGGAGGGGCUGUAUUAAUUUGUAUCGCCCCUGUGGCUGAUGAAAGCUUUUUUGUUUUGAUUUAUUUUUUUUUUUUUUGUAACUGUUGGGGAAAAAGGCUUUUUAACCCAUUUUUGAAGAGGGUGAAGUUUGGAGAACAAAUUUUAAAACCAUCAGUCAUGUGAGCAGAUUUUUCUAGAUUGGAAAAGGGAUAGGACACACACACACACACACACACACACACACACACACACGAAAACUUGAAAAGAAAUGGCUUUACUUUGCUGUCUUUUCUUCUGUCAUGUGCGAGAUGAGUUUGUAACUUGGAAACUGGAGAGCCCAUUUUGUUUGUUUGGCGUUAAGGCAGCUAGAGGUGGACGUUGUUUCUUAACCACAGGCAAAAUGUGGAGGUUGGAGUGACGAGGUUCUCGUUACCAGCACAUCACUAUGCAUCCGUCUGAGGAAGAGAGAGGAUGAAGACCGAGACUGCCUGCCUUGCAGGGUCGCUGAGGGAGACCUGUGCCUGAUUUCAUUAGGAAAUCCAUUCUGUUAUUUUUUUGGUGCUGUUGGCUACUUUAUCAAAACAAAAACAACCCACCCUUCAAUAGCAUCCUUAAGGGAAAAAACUAAGAAAAAAAGGAAACAGUGAUGGAAGCCGCAGCGCUUCUGUGUCAUCGACGUGCAAUCUCCAACAUUCCAUCUCGUCUCACUUGUCCUUCACCUUCACAGGUCAGCGUUAACCUUCAUCUAAAUGUCUUGUUUGUGGGCACAUUAGAGCCAUAGGUCUACAGUUCUUUUGAAUGUGAAAAUGCAUUUGCGCUCAUUUUGUCUAUUUUUUCUCUUCAUGUUUUAACAAAAAAGGAAAAAAAAAAAGAAAAAAAGAGAAUCCCAUCCCUUUUGUACAUAUGCCUGUAAAUUGUUUUAAAUACUUGAGCCUUUUCUUGGUGGGGGGAGGGGCGGGGUGAGAAGACAAGAUGAAGAAAAGCCUUACACUUCAGUUUCUUCAUCGGUUGGAUUGGAUGCUUACAGGGUUUUUCUUGUAACAUUAUAAGUGCUGCUUACAUCACUGAACAACAACAAACAUGAUAAUGGAGUAGCUGUUGCCCUUCUCCGGUUGUGUGUACAGUAUGUGUGGAAUAAAAAAGGGAAACUGUUUUCACAAGCUGUUCUUUGUUUCAUAAUUGGAUCAUCAGUCCCCUAGCUACCCAUAUUGCACUGAGCUUGCCAGUGGUAACUGCCAGGAACUCCCAGGAUCCACUUUGUUGGUUGUUGUUACAGAAGACUGAACUGUUCUGGAGUAUUUAACAGUUACAUAGCAGAGUCACGUGUUUUCCAAUGUGGUUGUCCCGUUUUCAUGGCUUUGCUGUGUACUUUCCCUCUUUGACAGUAAACUUCCGCCUAUGGCUUACAGUUUGACAUUAAUUUAUUAGCGCUGCUCUGCACCCUCCCUCGUUUGGGAGACUUCAUGUGGUUUAUUGCCAGUUUUUUGUUUACUUUUCAGGUUUGUACUACAAGGUUUAAUAAAAACAAAGUUUUUUGGA